AUGUCAGGUGAGCAAGUGAAAAAUAUGAUUCUGCUUCGUGUUGGUUGGUGGAUAAAGGGCUGGAAUGUUCAAUUUCCGUAUAGUCCGGAUGAGAUCUCGAGAAAUCCUCAAUGUCUUCGCUGGGUGGAAUCAAAAGCGAAAAGGACCCUACUCCCUCUUGAUCCGUCAGCCUCGAUAUGGUCUCCUCCCCCGGAAAAUUGGCUCAAGUGGAAUGUGGAUGCUUCUCUCCACCCUCACCUCAUGCGCACUUCUAUUGGAGGAGUGCUUCGAGAUCACAAUGGCAAAUUCAUCUGCCUUUUUUCAUCCCCUAUCCCCUUCAUGGAAAUCAACACUGCAGAAAUUUUUGCAAUUCACAAAGCCAUGAAAAUCUGUAAGGACUUCAACCAUCUUCAUGGUAAAAAAUUUAUUGUGGAAUCAGACUCUAAAAAUGCGGUGGCAUGGUGUAAGGAGAAAUUUGGUGGGCCUUGGAAUAUUCAGUUCAUUCUGAAUUAUAUUCGAAAUAUUUCAUCUCCAGAACUUCAGUUCGAAAUUUGUCACCGCGGAAGAUCCUCGAACUCGGUUUCUGAUGGAUUGGCUAAACUCGGGUUAUCUAGACAAGAUGAUUUUUUGGCUUGGUUGGAGUUGUUGGAAGACAGAUUUUGUAAUCUAGAUUGA